CGCAGGCUCCGCCGGGGCCGGGCUGCCGAGCGGCCCCGAGUCGGCGGCGGCGCGGGGCCAUGUGGCUGCUGUGGCUGCUGCUGGGCUCGGCCGAGAGCCAGCUGUUGCCAGGGAAUAAUUUCACAAAUGAAUGCAACAUUCCUGGAAACUUCAUGUGCAGUAAUGGGCGCUGUAUCCCAGGGGCCUGGCAGUGUGAUGGGCUGCCAGACUGCUUUGAUGAAAGUGAUGAGAAGGAAUGCCCAAAAGCUAAAUCCAAAUGCGGUGCCACGUUUUUCGCCUGUGCUAGUGGAAUCCACUGCAUCAUUGGCCGCUUCCGGUGCAAUGGCUUUGAAGACUGUCCAGAUGGCAGUGAUGAAGAAAACUGCACAGCAAAUCCCUUGCUUUGCUCUACUGCCCGAUUCCACUGUAAAAAUGGUCUUUGCAUUGAUAAAAGCUUCGUAUGUGACAGUCAAAACAACUGUCAAGACAACAGUGAUGAAGAAAGCUGUGAAAGCCCUCAAGAGGCAGGCAGUGGCCAAGAUUACGUGACCUCAGAGAAUCAGCUGCUCUACUACCCUAGUAUUACCUAUGCUAUCAUUGGUAGCUCUGUUAUUUUUGUACUUGUGGUGGCCUUUCUUGCCUUGGUUCUGCAUCACCAAAGAAAACGCAACAAUCUCAUGACCUUGCCUGUGCAUCGACUGCAGCACCCUGUCCUGUUGUCCCGGCUUGUGGUCCUUGAUCAUCCGCACCACUGCAGUGUCACUUACAAUGUCAACAACGGGAUCCAGUACAUGUCCAACCAGGCCUAUCACAGGCCAGUGGAUUUGGACUCUCCACCAUCCUAUUCAGAGGCUGUGCUAGACCAAAGCAGACCACCUUGGUUUGACCUUCCUCCACCCCCUUAUUGUUCUGAAUCUGAAUCCAUUAAUCAACCAGACCUUCCUCCUUACCGGUCUCGGACAGGGAGUUUGGUGAGCGCAGAUGCUGCCGUGGCAGGAAGCCCUCUGGGCAUUGAGGACAGUCGGACAGGCAGUGUCAAUGACAGUGUGGACUGCUGCAGAACUCUUCUUGAGAGGACAGCCAGCCAAAGUGAUUCUCUGGUCAACACUUGCUGAAAGAGAAGGUUAACUGCCCCACUAUUUGGGAUGGGCAGGAAGAGUUUUACUGUUUUCAAGUCUAUAUGGGUUAAUCUGCAGUUAAUUAGUUUCAGGUGAACACAUGCCUGAAUGAUGACUUGAUUUGAAUCCCAACUUCAUUAAUGAUUGGAUUCAGCAUUCUGGGCUUAAUGAAGACCUGACUUGUGAGAACUAAAUCUAGAGUCACAUCAGCUCUCCACAAAAUUCCUGCAAGUAGGUUCUGCUUUAGACCAGUAAAAAACAUCAGUGCUAUGCUGAAAACUUGGUCUAAUAUAUUUCUGGGACUAUUUACUGUAUAUGAAUGUAUAUAUGUGCAUGUAUAAUAGGUACAGAUUUUGCAGUCAAGACUAUACCAGGAAAACUCUUAUUUCCACACUGGCUCUUGCCCUGCCUACAUAUGAGUCACUUCUUCUCACUGCCUGGAACCAACUGAGACCAGAGAGACGGUCUUUCUGCUUGGAGGUCAGAUGCCCAAUGCUAGCCCACUGGCAGUGCUCAAAUUGCAGAGAAUGUCCCACUUGACCCUUCUCUUGCUGGGUUUGAACAUUAUCACUGUGAAUGUAAUUUUCAAAGCUUUUAAGUUUGAGAGGAUACAACAAGUCUCUAACUGAGCAAAUAAGUUUUAAUUUUCCAAAAUACUAGUAACUAGGCCAAAUUAGCAUGGGUUUUCUCAGGAAUAUCACAAAGGUUGGCUCAUCUGUCAAACUUCAAGGCUUUACAUGGAGGCACUGAAGCUUCUCAACAAACCAGCGCAAGACUUCUUUUCAAGCAUUGCAAAACAACUUUGCUUCUUGUGUUUCUUCUCAAAAAUAGAAGAACUAUUUCAGCUAAAACUUGAAUACCAAAACCAGCCUGAGGCAAACGCCCAUCGUGGAAAACUUCAGUGUGAAUGACUAGCUUGUUAUUGCUGUAAAUAACUGAAAAGAGGUUAUGUAGUGAAAGGUGUUGGGCUGUGUGUUUGUCAGAACUGUCUACAGUGCAUAUACAUACGCACAUGGGAACACAUGUUUAAUACUGUGUAUGUAUGUAUGCAAAUAGCAUAUUACAUAGUUUGUACCUGUAGAACUAAAAUUUCAAAUUUUCUCAUAUACAAAUCUCAUUCUUUUAUAUAGAAUUCACCAUUAUUCAUAUUCAUGUGGUUGAAAUCAAGUUUCUGCAUAAAGAUACAAGUAUUUUUAUCUGUUUUUUUUCUAUCUUAAUUCUUGGAGUGUUCUCUGGUGAAAUAUGUUUCAAUGCACAGUAUUGAAUUGUCCUUGUGAAAGCAACUCAGAUGUAAAGGUAUUCAGAGUGGCAAGAAAGAAGGUAAGCUGUGAAUUUAAAUACCACUGUGUUGCUGUGCUUGUGCAUAGUAUUCAGAAAGGAGUGCAGUGUCUUUCUCUUGUCCAGAGACAAAUUGGCCUUGAGACUUAUUUGCAUUUGCCCAUUAGACACAUUUCCCACUUUUCUUCCUCCAUAUAAUGAACUGUUGUCAUUAUACGUGCUUUGCAGGAAGGAAGCCAGUCUCCCCCUCCCACCCAGUGCCUUCCCUUUUCUCCUUCACCAUCUUUCUAAGGCAGUCUCUUUGCCCCAAAGGUUGUGCACUCAGAACUCAAGACUGAGCUGGGUGUGGGUAGGAGAGUGACUCAAGUUAGGUCUCAGUUCUCACACAGGUAACUGAAUUGGUUCAGUGCUAUGUUGCUCAUCUCCGCAUCCUGAGGCCACUGCUGUAGGAAGCAGGGGGCAGGUGAAUUUUGCAAGUCAAGGCCGUUCUAACAGCUGAUAUGGUAGGGAGCACUGCAGCGCUCUAAUACUCUUUGGUUACUUUGGAAGCAAAUUAUCAGCAGCCUUUCCUUACAGGUUUAGCGGCCUAUCCUGAGGUGUACUGGUGAAGAGGCUGGUAAGUACUUGCAAAGCUGUUUACAAGAUUGGGUCAGACUCCCUCCUUAGUGGGAGCUCAAGCAAGAUGCUUAUGCUGUCUUGCACAAAGCAGGAUUUGGCUAAUUAAGUACUCACUCCAUACAACCUGAUAGGCAGACAGUUCUCAUUGUCACAUAGCAGAUAGGUAUUCUUUAUUCCUCAGGUAGCUAAACUCAGUCAUGUAACAGAGUUAAUAGGGAAGUUAGGUGCUGAGGUGUAUCCUGUGAGCAUUAGGCCCUGCCGGCCUGCUUUCCUUAAGAUUGUGCUCAGCCUUCGGUAACAGAGCUACACAGCACAGUGUCAGAAUUAUACAUAACGUUUUUGUAUUACUGUUUUUAAAACAUUAUUUUAUACUUUAAACUGUAGAAGAGUUCCCAGUGGUUUCAUAAGACUUGCUUUUUUUUUUUUUUUUUUUUAAAGCAGCCUCCAGCUAUAUUAGCAAAACUAAGUCACUGUGUCCAGUGUAACUUUCAUGGUACGUAUUCCUCAUGCAGGCCUUCCAGGGGGCUGCCUUUCACCCACAUCUUCUAAGGCUUGUACCCACUAGGGUAUGUGUAAACCAAAUACACAUUUAUUUGCCUGAAGCAUCUGAAAAACACUGCCAUGAAUUGUUCAGUAGGAAAAAAGGGGAUCUAGCCUGUCUCUUCAGCAUUCUGUGUCAAUCACUGUCAUAUAUGUACAUAUAUAUAAUAUAUAUAAUUAUAAAUACUCUUUCAGGUUGUAUAUAUUCACGUAACUUUUGCAUUAGGAUAAACCCUUUGGACUUUACCAAAAAAAAAAAAAAAAAAAAAAAAAAAAAAAAAAAACCCAAACACUAAAUGGUAUGACAUUUUUCCUUCCAGCUAAGGGUAUAUUUAUCUUCGUAUAGGAAACUUCUGGGUUUUUUUGAGAAUGGGAGUUCUAAAAGGAAAUUGUGCCUUUAUGAUUGAAUGUUGAUGGGGGGGGUGGUAACGGGAUUUCUGGAGGGUGUUGUAUAUCAUUAUCCGGAGAUCCAAAAAGAGAAACAAAUCUUGUCUUCCUUUUUGUUGUUACUUAUGGGGACCGUUGAAUUUUGCAGAGUACAGAAGUUCAAUAUCUGCCUCCAAAAAACAUGCUAAAAUUUGAUGGAGAAUAUUCAUCCUGCUGCAGUUUUCUGGUAUGUAGAACAGAUUUGCUAGCCAGUUUAUUUAGAAAAUGCUGUACUAUCACACAGGAAUUGUUUAUAACCUGUCACUUUUCAGUAGUGUUAAUACAGCAUUAUACUGCAUUAUUCAGUGGAAUCUGUGGAAAAGGGAGAUAGCAACAACUGUGCUGAUGGAAUUAAAUAUUUAAUUGAAAAACCUGCAGUUCCUUGAUCUUCAGCUUGUAAGGCUGAAGUUAAGUGUUCAUGAAAUACCUGUUAGGGUUUUUUUUCAGUAAGUAGCUGAUAAAGUUGGAAUUGAUCCUUCUUAGUGUUUGCAAUUGCUCUUAACCUUUUAGUUUGAGGUGUCUCCUCCAGGAGCUUUCCUUUGUGUCUAAUAUUUAAACAAACGCUUAUUCUUUUGAAAGACCUAUUCUUACAGAAGAAAAACUGAUGAAAGUUUUCCUCUGCAACAAAUUUCUGAUUUUUAUAUCUGUAUUGAAUCAUAACCACAGUAUUCUGCUAAGAGCAGGUAUUAAUAUAUUUGAGUUCAACGGAACAAUCUGAAGAGAUGACUACUUGCAAUAAUUGAAGGGAUUAUGUUAGCCUAUUAGAAGUAGGAUUUGAGUAGUUUAAAAAAAAGUCAGAAAUUUUGAAUGUCAGUAACCUCUACUGAUGUCACCAAGUGCUGUGUAUUUUAAAAUUAGGCCAUUUGUGAAUAUGACUGAUAAUAAACUGAAGUUGCUUGUAAGGCAAAUUAUAAUUUACCUCUCUGGUAUUGUGCUAGUGGAAAACUGGCAGUAAUGUUUUUUAAAAGAGAGCCUGCAAAUAAUUUUCUCUGUUGUUGUCUACAGUGACACACGUGACAACACUGACUGCACUGCAAUUUUUAAACUCUGCAUUCGUUCCUCUCCUUUUAAGUCAAAUCAGUUUUAUUUACACCAUUUCACUUUGAUACAGCUAAUAGGGCCCUUGUGAUAGAUUUAGGAGUUGGGUGGAGGAAUGAGGUGAUGACUCUCAUUUUAAUUAAUGCAGUAGCUUGUUAAUCUUGUGCGCUUUACUUUUUAGACAUCUUAGAAAAGACAAAUGGUUUUAGUAGAUAAGAAAAAACUAUUAAUGAUGAAAAGGAUAAAGGGACACUGAUUCUGAAUUUAAUUUCUAAUGAAUACUUAAAAUUGUUUAACUAACAGAGGAGUUUAAUGCUAUAUUUUUAGAGUGGUGAUCAAAUGGCAAGUACUGUUGUUUUUAACUAUUGCUUGUCAGAAACUACUUUGCAUAUAAUGCCUGAAACUAAAAUUUUAAGACAAGUGCUUUUCUUGCAGUUUAUGCUAGAUCUGAAAUAUUUUAUACUAACAGAAGGCUAUAUCAAACUCAUGGACUAAAAUAUGUGACUGCAGAAAGAAUCUGAAUACCAUACAGGGUUCCACCUGAAUGUAUCCCACUGUAGGACUGCAGCCUUUGUUUGUCUUUUUGUUUGCGCCCGAUUUUUUUUUCAACUUGAAAUUGAGAUGUUAUGCAAGAGCUUUAAGGGAGGUUGCAUGCUGAAACCCAACCUUGUCUUAAACUUUUGUAAACCGUAAAUCUUCAAAAAUGUAUUCUGUAUUCCCAAAUAAAGUUGACAUUUUAAUACUGUUCAUAAAA